GCCUUUUCUUAACCCAGCUGGCUUGGUACGGUUUGCAUUGGGAUAGGCCAUAACAGCCACCCAACAAGGCGUUGUGCUACUAUGGGGAAAUACCGAACCGAACCGCGAAUAAAAACGGUCCGGGUUUAGUUUUCAGUCGAGGUAAAUGCUGGAAAUUGGCCGGAAAGUCGACGCAAGUGGGAAUUAUCGCACAUUAGGGAUCAAAUGUGGACGCUGACGUCGAGCCGUGCGUAAUGAGCAGAGUUGGAAAAAGAAGGUGUUGAGCUGCAUUUUUUCUCCCUCUGCCAGGGACAACUUGGGUCGGAGUGCUGCUCUAACUACGGGGCGAUACGAAGAAAAAUACUGCCCACGGAGCCCUCCACUUUCUGGCAUGGCAGGCUGGGCCCGGGGCUCUGAGGACACUUCAGAGGAUCCGCGCCUGACCCACGACUGAAGAUUGAGAGGAAUAACGUUGUCUGAGCAGAAUGACUCAGCAAGAGGGGGGACCCCCGGAUAGCAAGUGAAGAGCAGUGAGGAUGGGUGCCAAUGGAUCCAGCUAUCCACACUCAUGCUCCCCACGCAUAGGGGGAAAUGCACAGGCACAGCAGACUUUUAUAGGGACAUCAUCCUACUCUCAGCAGGGAUAUGGCUGGGAGUCUAAGUUAUACAGCCUGGAGCACGGUCAUGAGAGGCCCACAGACAGGAAGAAGAAGAGCCUUGGCCUUGCGACCCUCAAAAGGAGGUUCAUCAAAAGGAGGAAGUCCAGCCGCUCAGCAGAUCACGCGAGGCAGAUGCGGGAGCUCUUGUCAGGGUGGGACGUCCGUGACACGAAUGCCUUGGUGGAGGAAUAUGAGGGCACAGCAGCCCUCAAGGAGCUGAGCUUCCAAGCCAGCCUGGCACGUGCUGAGGCCCCAAAUUUGCAGAGGGAUCUAGCUGCCCUCUACCAGCACAAGUACUGCACUGAUGUGGACCUCAUCUUCCAAGGUACUUGCUUCCCAGCUCACCGGGCCAUCCUGGCUGCCCGCUGCCCCUUUUUCAAGACUCUGCUGUCCUCAUCCCCUGGCUAUGGAGCAGAGGUCCUCAUGGACAUUGAGACGGCAGGCAUCGAUGUGCCCAUGUUCUCUGCCCUACUUCACUACUUGUACACUGGGGAGUUUGGGGUGGUCGGAGCGGAGGACAGCAGACUGCAGAACGUUGAUGUGCUGGUGCAACUCAGUGAGGAGUUUGGUACACCCAACUCCCUGGAGGCUGAUAUGAAGGGCUUGUUUGACUACAUGUGUUACUACGACGCUCUGCUCAGCUUCUCCUCAGACUCUGAGAUGAUAGAGAGCUGCAAUGAGCGAGGGGCUGUGGCUGCAGCACCAACGGGGGGCUCGGGAGGCAACGGGUGCCCUGGCACCCCAGAUGAGGACCUUCGGGCUCAUAAAGCUAUUCUUUCCGCACGUUCUCCUUUCUUUAGGAACCUUUUACAGAGGCGCAUUCGCACAGGAGAAGAAAUGACAGAGCGCACAUUGCAGACGCCGACCCGCAUAGUUCUGGAUGAGUCCAUCAUACCACGGAAAUACGUGCAGGUUAUUCUCCACUGCAUGUACACAGAUGCGGUGGAGCUUGGGCUGGUGCUGCGGGGCAGCCCGUCAGCGGGAAGCCUUGGUGAGGUGCAAGCCCUGGUGUCUGGGGGCCGUGGAGCCAGCACACGCACCGAGGAGGCCAUGGAGCUGUAUCACAUCGCUCUGUUCUUGGAGUUCAGUAUGCUCGCUCAAGGCUGUGAGGACAUUGUUGUGGAGAGCCUGUCUCUGGACUCACUUGUACCCAUCCUGAAGUGGAGCUCCCAGCCGUACGGCUCCAAAUGGGUCCACAGACAGGCCAUGCACUUCCUCUGCGAGGAGUUCAGUCAGGUUGUCACCUCGGAUGUUCUCUACGAGCUUAGCAAAGAGCACCUUCUCAGUGCGAUUCAGUCUGACUACCUACAGGCGAGUGAACAGGACAUUCUCAAGUAUGUUGUUAAGUGGGGCGAGCAGCAGCUUAUUAAGAGGAUGGCAGACAGGGAGCCCAACUUGUUGAGCGGCACAGCCCACAGCGUAAACAAGAGGGGAGUGAAAAGGAGGGAUCUGGAUGUGGAGGAGCUAAAGGAGAUCCUGUCUCCCCUCCUGCCCUUCAUCCGAACCGAGCACAUCUUACCUCCCAACAGUGACGUCCUGGCUGACGCGCUGAAAAGGGGUUUGAUAAGCACCCCUCCUUCAGACAUGCUGCCCACAGCCGAGGGGGGAAAAGCCAAUGCCUGGCUAAGGCAGAAGAAUGCUGGCAUCUACGUGCGCCCCCGCCUCUUCUCUCCUUAUGUGGAAGAGGCGAAGUCUGUCUUCGAUGAAAUGAUGGUGGAGCAGACGGACCUGGUGCGUUUGCGAUUAGUGCGCAUGUCCAACGUCCCAGACACGCUCUACAUGGUCAACAACGCAGUGCCUCAGUGCUGUCAUAUGAUCAGCCACCAGCAAAUGGCAAGCAACUCCUCCUCAGCGCCAUCAGUUGUGGCUAAUGAGAUUCCAGUGCCUCAGCUAUCGGUUGUAAAGGAGAUGAUUCGGAGGCUGCAGGAACUGAGGCACACAGAGCAGGUCCAGAGAGCUUACGCCCUCAACUGUGGUGAAGGAGCCACCGUCAGCUAUGAGCUGCAGCUGCGGGUGCUGAGGGAGUUUGGCCUGGCGGAUGGAGCCACUGAGCUGCUGCAGAACCCCUACAAGUUCUUCCCUGAUGAACGGUUUGGAGACGAGAGUCCAAUUCUGGCUCUGCGCCAGGUGGGUCGGUGCCGAGUAAACAGCAGCCCAGCCAUGGAUAGCAUGUUCACAGAGCUGGAAGGGGUAGCGGGCUUCCACCCUCCACUACCUCCCCCUCCUCCCCCAUAUCACCCCCCUGCAACACCCAGCCAUGCUCAGCUCAAGGGUGCGUGGCGACCCCGUGUGCCCAUGCCGACCCCCACCCGCUCCUUCUCCUACCCCUGCAACCGCACCCUGAUCCAGCGCCAUGCAGCCACCAAGCAUGGCAGCUCAGACUACUCCUCUGUGCCCCGGCCCCAGCCACCAGACUGCACCAACCCACAGGCCAUGGGCAGAGCUUUGCUUUCAGACCGGCAAGUGCAGAUGAGCAUGGAGCCUGUUAUGAGGGAGUUCAUGCCUGACAUUGCACUGGGAGUCUCGGUCAUGUCCCUGAGGGAGCAGCACAUGGCAGAGAUGGACAGAGAAGGCCCUCACAGCCCAAUGGGUCCCUCAGGCCACCAUCUGCCCCAUGGGCCCUGCCCUUCUGUCCGCCUCAGCCACGGCCACGGUCCUGGACAUGGCCACUCUUGCAAGAGACACGCUCCUGAGCCCAAGCUGGAGGCUCAAGCAGAGUUCCCCGACCUAUAUGACUUCUCCUGCCGACCUGCAACCCCGACCUCCUCUCACCCUCUGCCAUCGUUUGCUGGACCAGACCUCUACAGCCACAGCUGCACCCCCUCCAGCUCUUAUCCACCCCCAUACAUUUCUGACUCUCAGUCCCAGGGCCACCCGCAGGGACGGACUGCCCCAGACCCCCUACGUCUGGAUGUCCUCAGUAUGACCUCUCAGAGGCAUGAUGGAGUCCUUGCCAGCCCCUCUGGGGCCCAGCCUCGGAUGGGACACAACUCGAGGGGGCGAUCGAAUGAGACAGACCUGACUCAUGGCCUAGGCCAUUUAAGGUCGCCCAGUGGGAAUAUGGACAGCUAUGAGGAGAGGCACACAGGACCCAGGGAUGCCCCAGAGGAGAUGGUUCUUGCUGGAGAACCACCAGGCCUGGGGCCUCUCCAGCAGCCUCACAGGAACGGUGUCAGCGAGGAGAUCGCCAGAGACCGCAGGUCACCCAGCAAGCCUGACUACCCUUAUAAGAAAUCUGCACUUUAACCCCAGUUGAGGACCAGGGGUUGAGUUAAGAAAAGGGAAAGUGUGACAAGUGGCUGUCCAUCACAGUGGACGGCAAAGCACUAAUUGUGUGCCUGCGUAUAUGUGUGUGUGUUUGAGAGGAGCAGGGAAAAAGGGUGGUCAGUGGUUGCUAUUUAUAGGAUCUGUCCUUUUGUCCUACCUCUAUCACACUGUGCUAUCCAUCACACAGUCAGAGUAUGGAAAGAGUAAGAGCUGUAGGUUAAUUGUUGAUGCCUGUAAUUGAUCUCUGCAAGCCUGCCCAGUCCUGCUGGUUUAGAGAAUGACUCAGGCUCUGCUGGGAUGGAUUGGUCUUGAGUUUGAUUGUAAGGAAAGAGGUUAGCUCUACGCUGUGUGAAUCCUGCAUGAUGAGGUCACAACACUAGAUGUAGCUCAGUUAUGAACUGAUGGUCUUACAAAGAUUACAUUCACAUGUUCUGAUGUCUCUCUAUUAUUUUCAGCAUAGAAUGGGGAGAUGGCAGGAUAUGAAUCUCAAUUUACACAAGCGAACAAUGGCAGCCAGUCCCGGACAGAGUAUUGUGAUAAAAUCGUAUGUAAAUUCGUCUGGCUGUAUUGUUUUCCUCCCAUGACUUGUAUUUCCUUUCUUCCUGUAGCAUGCCUAUAGCAAUCCACCUGACUAGUUUUCCUCCCAUGGUUCUGCAGUGCUGAUGAGUAAAUGGGCUAAGGCUUGGUCACACAAAGCAGGAACUGGAUCUGACAGGAAGUAGGUCAUCAGAGCUCGUCACUCUCCUGUAACCCAGUCUGAUAAUUGUGUCAGGCUUUAACUCUCACGGCCUCUGAGUGUCUAACUCAGACGCAGACGCCUGGUGUUUUCAGACAGGGUUGCAGGGUUUGUCGCAGCUGGAACAGGUGUGUGUGCGCGUGGUUUGUGUGCAAGGGUAUCUUUGAUACACACAGGUGUUUAGACAAUCUCAGUACUGUACACUCCCAUCUUUAGUCAGGUUUGUUUGUACAUAUCAGAGAGUCUGAGACUGGCUGCAUUCAAGAGCUCCGUCUCGUUCUGUUUAAUCCAAUAGCAUCAAGUAAUGAAAUCUUAAGCCUUAAUCAGUGCUUGGAAUAUUCAGUUUUAGCUACCUUCAAUUAAGUAUGAUGUCACAUCCCACAACCCCUGUUAGUUGCCUGUUUGACUGUUCAGUUCAGUAUGGACACAUUUUCAGCAGUCUUUCUGGCUGGUGGAGGUGAAUUUCACUUUAAGCCGAAUGCUAAAACCAUGCAUAUACAUCAGGCCGCCAUUUUGUCAACUCACAGAAAUUGUGGACCUGCGUAGCCAGUGUUGAUACUGUUAAACAUACUGUUAAAGAGCUGCCACAGCUCCAGAACCCUGCAAGUACACACACAAAAGCCUGUCACAGCCAACAGCUGGAACACAACCUCACAUUUGAGUAUCGUUGCACUGUAGGAGCCACCUGUAUGUUAGCUGAAGGGAAAAGGAGCAGAUGAAUUUCGAACAAAAAAAGGAAUCUUAUAUUGAAGAGAAGUUGGCGACUGCUGGCUCAUACUUUCCAAUGGAAAUUGUAUAUAAUGAAUCGAGUUCCACAUGUUCUGAUGAAUUUUUAAUGGUUUCUAUCACAUUUUAGUGGUUGUUGAAGGUUUGUGUUUUUACUGUAGUGGACAACACUGUGUACUUGUCUUUGUCAUGAACUCUCACUAAGAAUGUGUGGUAUAAAACAUAAAGAUUGUGUCUGAGAAUCUAUUUUGUUCUUAAAUGUUACGCAUUAGGGCAGUUCGUUCAAUGUUGUAGGUGACGUGGAUUGCCAUGUUUGUAGAGAUUUUUUUUUUUUUUCUUUCCCCGUUUUCCUUUUACUUUGAAAGUAACAGGAAUAUGUAGAGCAUCUGAAGACAUCAGCUCUGAGCUUAGCAGAGAUGGAGUUGCCAAGCAGAAAAAUCAUUUUUCCAUCAAGGUUGCUUCAUGGGGAAAAAAUGCAAAACUCCAGAUUCCUCCCCAUGUUCAUGUCGGGUUAGUUGUUUUAUUUUCCAGGACAAUGUUCCAUUGAAUAAAAGCCCUUGUUUUGCUCUUUGCUGUAGAGAAGUCAGUGCCUUCCCCCGCCUGCGGCUGGGCUUUUAUUGGAGAAGUGACUUUGAUGUCUAUGCAAGCUCUUUUCUACCAGCUUACCAGCCUGCAUCAAAUAGUUCUCUGAAAUCUCAUGUAGCUCGUUUUGUGUACAGUGUUAUUUAGCACCUUCUUUUUUUUUAAUUUUAAUUCAAUCAUCUGAAAUGUGUGACUGCUUGUGUUGAAUUCUAACAGGUACAUUGUACUUGUAUGGUAUCAUAGAUAAAACAUGUUUGUAGAUUGAUAUUAAGUUGCAUUUAGUUUCACUGAAUCUAUUUUUCUACUGUCACCUCAAAAGGUGCGUAACAGUGGUCAACUUGGGCAUCCUCAAAAUAAACUGGUUUGAUAUUAUGGAA